AAUGAUAUUAUGUCUCUUCAAAGAUUCGAAGUCUCUGAACUUUUAACUGUUGGAGAAACCUCAGGUCAAUUCAUUUACGCCCCAGAGGACCAGUUCUUUCUGGUUGCCGACCGGCUGGGUCUAGAGGGUCCACCCAAACUCACAAUUGAUUUCAAAUCAGGGGAUGGAGAAAACACGACCAUGAUGUCAUUCUCCGCUGCUCCUCCCACUGAUUCACAACCUUUUGUCAACGUUGAAGAGCACUGGCUGAAAACAGCAUGGCAUUUAAUGAGAGAUGAAGGGUCAAUGAAAGUGCUAGAGUUCCUUUUAAAGGAUGAAGAGGGAGAAGAGAUUACAAGACGUCAUUAUGCAUCGGUAGCUGCCACCAGCUGUCUAAAGAGACUCUACACUUGGCUCUCCCCUAAUGUAAAUUUCAAUGCAGAGCAGUUAUGCAUCCGGUAUGCCAGAAACUCGCUGUGGUCCAGUUCUAUAAUAAGGGAAAUCUCACUUCAUAGUAGCCUACCAUUAAUGGCCAUAGCGAGACAGGAUGAUGUCAUACUGAUUCAAAACACACACACACACCAAUUCCACCGACCGCUCAAAGACAAGCACCAACUUGGUAUAUCUUCAAUGCAGUGGGCGCCACACAGUAAUGUAUUGGCUGUUGGUGUUAUUGGAGGUUUAGUUUUGUGGUACAUCGAUCCUAAUUUAAGACCCACCUCAACUUUCCUAUUGUGUUUCCCUGGGCAACAGCCCCUUACCACUAUCAGCUGGUGUCCCCAGGGAAGGUUCUUAGCUUGUGGGUGUCCUUGUAACCCUACACUCUUGAUAUGGGAUAUUCAUUUAAGAACUAGUACACCUUUAAAACGUUUUGGCGGUGGGGGAAUAUCUCACGUCAGCUGGUCAUCAGAUGGCAGUAGAUUGCUUGUCUCUCAUAUGAGUCUCUUUCGUGUUUGGGAAACACUUCAUUGGACCUGCGAGACGUGGACUCAACUUGCAUCACGCUCCAAUGCUUCCUGUUGGAGCCCGAAAGGUAAUAUUUUAGUAUUUUCGGUCGAAGGUGACCCUUCGUUGUAUUACAUCAAGUUCCCAUCGGAUGACUCCACAUAUAAUAGUAGUGUAAGUGAAGCUGCAGUCAAAUGUGCUGAUGUGAGCGAAGUUUGUUUAGGUGGGGAGGAAGACGAGGUCACAAGAGUGGGUGGUAGUGUUCAGAGUUUGGCAUGGGACCACACUGGUGAACGUUUGGCUGUUCUAUUCACAGCCAACAGUCCUGGAGCUAGUCGUAUUGCUGUGUUUCGAACUCAGUGCGAGCCACUCCUUAACCUCAUUCCAGGUGGUUUUGUUCAGUGGGUGGAAGGGGAAACUCCCGUUUGGAUUGGAUUCAAACGUGACUCUAGGAACUGGUCCAUACUAGUAUCUGGAUGGACUGAUGGUAAUAUAGUACUCACUCAGCUCCGUAACUCCAAAGUAUCUAUUGAAGCAAGACCUUCUUCACUGACCGGGAAUACUCUUUUCUCUACAACAUAAUCCUCCGAUUUUUCCAAACUUGCAUAGCCUCCAUUUAUGAUUUUUAAUCAAAUUGUGCAUGCAAUUUGACUUAUUGUUAUUAUUUUAUUUAUUAAUAAGUGAGUUCACUAAUUAAUUGGCUUCAAUCUUGGCACGGCAUGUUUUAUUGAUAAAAAAGAUUAUUCUUAACAACAAA